AUGUCGCACAGCAAGCGCAACACCUCUCUCGCCUUCUUCACCUCCUACGAGCGCGAGCAGCUCAAGUCGACCUGGGGCACCGCGCGCACGCGCCUGACGCGCGAUUCCUUCUUGCCGUUCUCGUCCUGCAAGCUAUGCCUGCUCCCCUCGCGCGACCCCGUCGCCUGCGCGCACGGUGACGUUUUCUGCCGCGAAUGCGCCAUCAACAACCUACUGGCCCAGCGCAAGGAGAUAAAACGGUUAGAGAUUGAGGCCGAGCGCAGGGUCGCGGAGCAGGAAGAAGACAGAGUAAGGCAGGAGGCUGAAGAGGAAAAGAGAGCUGUUGAGGACUUCGAGAGGGUGCAGAUGGGCCUGGAGGCGAAGGGCAUGGGCGGCAAGAUUGUGGGAAGGGAAGGAGGAAAAGUUACCGUUGAGCGAGAGGUCGAGGGUGUUGAUGGGAACAAGGGCGUCAAGAGAAAGUUCGAGUUCGAUGAGGAAGAGGUCAUGAGGGUCGCGCGGGAAGAGCGAAGCAAAGUGCGCAAGGCGCUGAGCGAAGAGAAGCGCGAGGCUAUUUCCAAGUCAACCCUACCCUCCUUCUGGGUUCCGUCGCAAACACCCGACACUAGCACUGCAGACAACGGGUCUUUGCAUGCCAUUAAUAAGCAGGUGAAACUGCAUCCGAUAUGCCCAGGAUCCUCCGACGAAGAGCCCCACGAGUAUUCAUUGAAGACCCUGACAACCUUAAAUUUCACUGAGGAAAAGGACGCAAAGGGCGGUGAUCCGGUGCGCAGCUGUCCGGCCUGUCGCAAAGCGCUCACAAACGCCACCAAGGCAAUGAUGGCAAUACCGUGCGGCCAUGUGCUCUGCAAGCCCUGCACUUCCAAGUUCAUGACACCCCAUGACGAGGCGGAUGCGCACGAUCCCACGGCGGAAUUUGGUGUCAUCAGAUGCUACGUGUGCGAGAUUCCUUUAACGCCGGAGAAGAAGUCGAAGAAAGACAAGGAAGGCAAGAAGAAGGAGAAAGACAAGCUGAAGCCCGGUCUGGUUGAGAUUAAGAGCGAGGGCACAGGCUUUGCAGGUGGCGGAAAGAACAUGGUGCAGAAGCAGGGAGUGGCGUUUCAGUGCUAG